AUGGGAAGUUCGGCUCUUUUCAAAGAUUCGGCUCCCUUAGAAGAGCCGGCUCUCGGCUCUUCUCGUUUGCUACAAAGAAUCGGCUGGCUCGUUCGCGAACGACACAUCACUACUGUGUGUUGUGACUGUGCAGAUGAGAUGUCGGAAAGCCGUCAGACCCAUGUGACCCUGCAUGACAUUGACCCUCAGGCUCUGGAGCAGCUGGUGCAGUACGCCUACACUGCCGAAAUUGUAGUUGGAGAGGGAAAUGUGCAGACCCUGUUGCCUGCAGCUAGUCUCCUGCAGCUCAACGGAGUGAGAGAUGCCUGCUGCAAAUUCCUUCUCAGCCAGCUGGACCCCUCAAACUGCCUGGGCAUCCGUGGCUUUGCAGACACUCACUCCUGCAGCGACCUUCUCAAGUCGGCCCAUAAGUAUGUCCUGCAGCACUUUGUAGAGGUAUCGAAGACUGAGGAGUUUAUGCUGCUACCUCUCAAACAGGUGCUGGAUCUGAUUUCUAGUGAUAACCUGAAUGUCCCAUCAGAGGAGGAGGUGUACAGGGCUGUGCUGAGCUGGGUCAAGCAUGACAUCGAUGGGCGGAGGCAGCAUGUGCCCCGGCUGAUGAAGUGUGUGCGUCUGCCCCUGCUGACACGAGACUUCCUGAUGAGUAAUGUGGAUACGGAGCUGCUGGUGCGUCACCACUCCGAGUGCAAAGACCUGCUGAUCGAGGCACUGAAGUAUCACUUGAUGCCCGAGCAGAGGGGUGUUCUCAGUAACAGCCGCACCCGACCGCGCCGCUGCGAGGGAGCCAGUCCGGUGCUCUUUGCUGUAGGUGGGGGCAGUCUUUUUGCCAUUCAUGGAGACUGUGAGGCCUAUGACACCAGGACAGACCGCUGGCACAUGGUUGCAUCCAUGUCGACGCGGCGGGCACGAGUCGGAGUGGCUGCUAUUGGAAACAAGCUCUACGCUGUGGGAGGGUAUGAUGGCACUUCUGAUUUGGCUACUGUAGAGUCAUAUGACCCUGUAACUAAUGCGUGGCAACCUGAGGUGUCUAUGGGAACGAGGAGGAGCUGUUUAGGUGUGGCGGUCCUGCAUGGGCUGCUGUAUGCAGCAGGAGGGUACGAUGGUGCUUCUUGUCUCAACAGUGCGGAGAGGUAUGACCCUCUGACCAGUACCUGGACUUCCAUCGCUGCCAUGAGCACCAGGAGGAGAUACGUUAGAGUGGCCACAUUAGAUGGCAGUUUGUACGCGGUCGGUGGGUAUGACAGCUCCUCACACUUAGCAACAGUAGAAAAGUACGACCCUCAGAGUAAUGUCUGGACUGCCAUUGCCAACAUGCUGAGCAGGAGGAGCAGCGCAGGAGUUGCUGUAUUGGAGGGCAUGCUUUAUGUUGCGGGGGGCAAUGAUGGUACCAGCUGCCUAAAUUCAGUGGAACGAUAUAAUCCGAAAACCAACACCUGGGAGGGAGUGGCCCCAAUGAACAUCCGCAGGAGCACCCAUGACCUGGUCGCUAUGGAUGGCUGGCUAUAUGCGGUUGGAGGCAAUGACGGCAGCUCUAGUCUCAAUUCCAUAGAAAAGUACAACCCUCGUAGCAAUAAAUGGGUGGCGGCGUCGUGUAUGUUCACGCGCCGUAGCAGCGUUGGAGUCGCCGUUCUGGAGCUCCUCAACUUUCCUCCUCCGUCCUCUCCCACUCUUUCCGUCUCCUCCACCAGUCUUUGACAAAGGGUAAAGACCCGGCUUAGCUCCAGCGGCCUGCCCUGUGUGGCCAAGAGGCGCAACUGCUCAGUUUGAGCAUCAGACGAGGAGUGUUUCGUGGGCCACAGUGCCCUCCUUCUGCCUGGAGGAACACUGCAGCAUUCUGCAGAUCAUGAGGGUAAAAAAAAAGGAUUAAAAGAAAAAACACACACUUUAAGCCUCCACAACUCUCACCCUAUAAACCCCAGUGCUUGAAAGUGCAAAAUAAUGUUGCUCUGCCAUUUUGCGGUCACUUUGUGUAUGAUGUAUAUCUAAAUGUAUAUUUAUGUUUACGAUUCUUUUUUGAAAUAUUAAGAAAUAAUAUAUUAAACAAAACAAAAAAGAAUGAAAAACUUUAGGAAUGUAGCUCUUGACAGGUUCCGCCACGCAUGUUUACAGAAAUUUUGUCCUGGCAGGAAAUAAUAUUGUAGUGCUGCUGUGCCACACUAGGUGGUAGUAAUGUGCAAUGCUGCCCAGUCUCACCACAGAUGCGCAUGGACAUUUAGAAGCAGAAAAUUCACACAAAACGGUGGCUGGAUUCUACACUACAGUACUCUACACCUGAGUGUGUCAGAUCAUGUUGACAACAUAAUAUAUGUUUCACUUAUUUUCCUAUUUAUUUAUUAAAUGUAAUAUAAAAACAUAUGACACUAUUUCAGAGAUGUUUCAAAGACCACCUCUGACUUAAGAGGGGAAAUAUAGUUUUAACGUACUAAUGGACAUACAUACUACGUACAUAUCAUAGAAGCACUGGUGUUUGGUAUGAAAUGUGAGAUUUAGGAAGAACAGGCAUUUAGUGUUAUAUCUAACGGACAUGUUUGGUUUGUUUUCUACAGUCAUGUAUUUCAAGCCUUACAAAAGUACAAACUUUACUAAUAUGACACAUCUAUACCACUAAGCAGGAGAAAUGUCUUUUUAAUAAAGACUAUAGCCAUACCUAAAACUAGCUGUGACAUUGAUUAAAGCUGCACUUUCUCAUUUCUCAUGUUUUCGAAAGGGUGAAAGGUGCUCAGAACCAAUUCUGAUUCAA